UCUGUGAGCCAACAGUUGCGCUCGGUGUUUGUCGUUUUAAAACGGUAAACUGCUGAAUGAGCGGACAUUUUUUUUUAAACAACUCUUAUUUUGAAUAUGGAAACCAGCUUAUAAUUUAUUUUUGCAGUGCAUUGAAAUAAAAAAUUAACGAGGCGCUUAGGGAACUACCGACAUCAGUUCUUCCUGACAGAAUAAUGUCCCUGUACUGUGGCGUAUUGAACACUGAGUCAUCUCGCGUGGACGUCCACAAAGCAGCGCGUCAUUUCAACUCUGUUUUGAGGUGAUUCCUUCGCAACGGCUGCGCGGCGUUUGUGCGACGGUCAUUCAGUGACAUAUAAUGACCAUGUCAGUCCCGGAGAGAAACUCUGGAUCCGAGGAGAAGGAAGAGGAGAGCGAGGAUGAGAGUGAGAUCGUGGAGGAGAGUCCCUGCGGCCGCUGGCAGAAGCGAAAAGAGCAGGUGAGUCAGGGGAAUGUUCCUGGCGUGGAGAGCGCCUCUCUGGCCAUGGACACUGAAGAGGGUGUUGAGGUGGUCUGGAACGAGGUUCUCUUCCAGGACAAGAAGGUCUUCAAGACAGUGGAGGACAAAAUGAAGGAGAUGUUUGAGAACCUGAUGCAGGUGGAUCAUCCAAACAUCGUCAAAUUUCACAAAUAUUGGCUGGAUAUCGGGGACAAUCAUGCUCGGGUUGUGUUCAUCACUGAGUACAUGUCGUCUGGCAGCUUGAAACAGUUCCUCAAAAAGACCAAGAAAAACCACAAGAGCAUGAAUGUCAAGGCCUGGAAACGCUGGUGUGCGCAGAUCCUCUCUGCCCUCAGUUACCUGCACUCCUGUGACCCUCCCAUAAUUCACGGCAACCUCACAUGUGACACCAUCUUCAUUCAGCACAACGGCCUCAUUAAAAUUGGAUCAGUUUGGCAUCGACUCUUUGUGAAUGUGUUCCCAGAAGGCGGCGUCCAAGGUAAACUACACCAGCACCGAGAUGAUAAGAGGAACCUGCACUUCUUCAGUCCAGAGUACGGCUCAUGUGAAGAUGACUACGCUAUUGACAUCUUCUCUUUUGGGAUUUGUGCUUUGGAGAUGGCCGUGUUGGAGAUCCAGGCAAAUGGAGAUUCAGUUGUGUCCAAGGAGGCCAUAACCAAUGCGGGCCAAUCAUUAGAAGACCCACUUAUGAGGGAGUUCACCCAGAUGUGUGUGCGUCACAAUCCCAGACUCCGGCCGACGGCACAUGACCUGCUGUUUCACCGCGUGCUGUUUGAAGUGCACUCACUGAAGCUGCUCGCAGCACACUGCCUCAUCAAUAACCAGUACAUGCUUCCAGAAAACUGUGUGGAGGAGAAGACCAAAUCAUUCGACCCAAAUGGAGUCAUGGCAGAGAUUAUUCACAAAGAUCAUCCUCGCGUUCAGCUCAAGUAUUCUCAUGUUUCUCCUCUAGAGCUGGACAAGUUUCUGGAGGAUGUGAAGAAUGGCAUUUACCCGCUGAUGAAUUUUGCGUCCACUCGACCCCAUCCUGUACCUCGCGCCCUCUCCAUGUCCCAAGAACAUGUGGAGACAGUGAAGACCCCCACACCCGAGCCACAAGAGGCUGAAACCAGGAAGGUGGUACAGAUGCAUUGCAACCUGGAGUCCAAUGAAGACACUACUAAAACCCAUCUCACUCUUUUCUUGAAACUCGAUGAUAAACUCCAUCGGCAGCUCAGCUGUGAUAUUAUGCCAAAUGACAGUUCCAGAGAUUUGGUCAAUGAACUUAUCCAUCAUUCCUUCAUCAGUGAGGAGGAUGGUGACAAGAUAGUGGCGUUACUGGAGGAUGCUUUGAACCGACAGCGUGGGUCCGCUAGUGCCAUAACAACCAUAUGAAUGACAAUGGUGUGUUGCCAUGGCGAUGGACAUUUACAUGCCAGUGGAACCUGAGAGGGAGGCCCGCCAACAGAAGGAGAAGGACAAUAGAAACGAGCGAUCCAGUUUGUCAGUUAGUGUGGAUAGUUGGAAUUGGAACUGUGGUCAAAUCAAGAUGACAGAACACGGCAUACUGGUUUUUAUGACAACAUGUGAUUGACCAGGUUAGGGGGCUCCAAGAAUGCCCAUCUAAGAGGAUUGUGCUAACCUCCCCGAGUCUCCAUCCAGCACUUCCAGGUGUCACUGUAGGAACCAUCCUUCCCACAAUCCCAUGGGAUGCUUAAGGGCAGUUCGGCUUCUCUUGAAGAGAGUCGUAUGUGGUGUAGGAGGUGUCUGCUGUGGAGAGCUCAAUAGAUGAGAAACGACCCCUUUAGGAAAACUAAUUUGUUAAAGUUCAAUAUUGCCAAUCUUCUUCAUUUUGUGGCUUAAACACAGUUCUGUGGAAAAACUAGGCCAGAAACAUAUUCUACACAAGUAUGCCAACACAUUGCAAGUGCACGUGCGUUUUUGUGUUACUGUGGCAUUAACACACCAGAGUACUCAAAGAGAGCAGUAGAGUUGCAAUAUAUAUGCCAUGAAAGCAGAUUUGUUGAUAUAGCUAUCAGAAGUUAAGCUUGACAAGUUUCUCUUCAAACUGUUGCUCUGCCAUAAAAACAGUUUACACUAAUGCUAAUGCUUCACUAGUGGCAACGCUUUAAAUCCGAGGUAGCACAGCUAGAAGCAUUAACAUUGACUUACUUGCGUAGAUUAUGUUACUGUCAUGAGGAAAUAAUAAACUUAGCAUUAAUAAGGCAUCAUUGGAUUGAAGAGUCAGUUAGGAUGUACAUUUUCUGGAGAUUUACCGGUUAUAUUUUAGCUUGUCAGUUUUCCCAAAAUGCAAUCUUCUAAAUGUAUCUUAUGAAAGAAGUUGCUUUAACUGAUGUGGUUAAGGCCAAUCAAAUGAAUAUGAUUGUAAUUCUCUGCAGUCUUCACAUUGCCCUGUCAGCUAUCACAAGAAUGUCUUAAUAUGCAGUUGGAGUGUUUUGCGUAUACAGGAAUGUAUUGCCUUAUAUAAACAUUGCUGUUUGCUGGUGUCUAAUAACACGAAUUGAAAAUAAUUUCAAAGAGCCACACAUUUUAUACAGAUCGCACAUGUAAGAAACGUGAAGGAUCCUGGUUAGUCAACCAGCUAACUAGCUGUCAGACUACAUGGUUUUGGUAAUGACUGUUGUAGAAUGCAUUAAGAUGUAUUCAUUUCUGUGGGAUACACCAAGAAGUUCUUUGU